AUGACCAGAACUAAAUCCAACCUUCUCAUUGCUCUCAUUUAUGAAGACCCGCAGAUCUAUCGCGAUCUCGGCUACCCGGCUUCUCAUAUCUCCCAUCUAGAUACCUGUACCCCGGCCGAGGAUGUUAUCGUCGUUCUCAGCAGGCUCGGACACAGGGUAGUUCCUAUCCCCGAUGUGCAGACGCUGGCGAGAAAGCUCGGCGCCGGUGAAGGGGCGCAGUGGGAUCUAGCGGUGAAUAUCGCUGCGGGGGUGUAUGGAGCUGCAAGGGAAGCGCAGGUGCCUGCUAUGCUGGAGGCAUUUGCGGUGCCGUUUACGUUUUCGGAUACGGCGACUAUGGCGCUUUGUUUGGACAAGGGGAAGACAAAGAUGGUCCUCGAGCACUACGGCAUCCCGACAUCCCCCUUCGCAAUCAUCAAUCUAGACCGACAUCCCGACAAACCCAUAACAUCAAACGUCAUCAACUCCCUGACCAAAGGAUCCAAACACGCAUCGUCGCUCCUGGACCCAGCAUCAUACCCACUCUUCGCAAAGCCACUAGCAGAAGACACCUCGAAAGGAAUCAAGGAGAUAAGCGUCAUCCAUAACGUUAAUCAGCUCUGCCAAGCCAUCGAAGAACUGCGCUUAAGCACACGCGCGAUCCCAGCAAUCCUAGUCGAGAAGUUCCUGGCAGGUCGGGAGUUCACAGUGGGGAUCCUAGGCACAGGCGAUGACGCAUGGGUUCUAGGAGUCGAUGAGAUCGUGUGGAGCGAUCAGGUCAACGGGGACUCUGACGUUGUGCAGUUUGCGACUGAGAAAUCCAAGACUAGUGAGGACUGGGAUGGCAUCGCGGAUGAGAUCCCAGCCAAUCGGGCGGAUCCGCUGGUCGAGCGGGCAUGCACGGUCGCCUUGCGGGCCUGGAGAGCAAUAGGCUGUCGUGAUGGUGGACGAGUUGAUGUUAGGUUCGACGCUUCGGCCGGAGUGGCAAAUGUUCUGAAGAUCAAUCCAUUGGCGGGUCUGAAGCCUGAUUGGUCUCAACUGCCGAUGAUUGCUGCGCACAAUGGCAUCGCAAUGGAGGAUGUGACAUUUGGUAUGAUGAAAGCUGACCCGAUCGGCGGGGAACUCGCCACCAGCCCUGACAGCUUUAGCCCAUACAUAGUUCUUGAUCGCCUUCUUUCAUAUUCCACCAGUGAGGAUCAGGGUCCACCAACCCCCCUGUUCUUGCUUUGGGCCUGCGUUAGUUCUCCAGACUAUGACCCUGGGGCAACGGAUCGUCACGACGGAUGUCGCCGUUUUAGGGUGUCAUGUGACCGGUUACGCGGCUUGGAUGAGUCACGUUCGCCAUCCGCCAAACCUGCCCAGUUGGGAAGUCAAGAAUAG